GGGGCGCCUCGAGCGGCAGCAGCUCGCGAGGGCGAUGCAGUGAGGCCGGACGGCGGGCGGACGCGCGCGCGGGGCGGGGGCCGCGGCCGCGCUGCAGGGAUGUGACUCGGGCCGCCGGCCAGCGGGAGCGUCGGCGCUGCGGGGCCGCGGGGGUCGAGAGAAAGAUGAGAGCCCACCAGGUGCUCACUUUCCUCCUGCUCUUCGUGAUCGCCUCUGGGGCCUCUGAGAACGCCAGCACAUCCCGAGGCUGCGGGUUGGACCUCCUCCCUCAGUACGUGUCCCUGUGCGACCUGGACACCAUCUGGGGCAUCGUGGUGGAGGCGGUGGCUGGGGCCGGCGCCUUGAUCACACUACUCCUGAUGCUUAUCCUGCUGGUGCGGCUGCCCUUCAUCAAGGACAAGGAGAAGAAGGAUCCCGUGGGCCUCCACUUCCUCUUCCUCCUGGGGACCCUGGGCCUCUUCGGGCUGACAUUUGCCUUCAUCAUCCGGGAGGAUGAGACUAUCUGCUCGGUGCGCCGGUUCCUCUGGGGCGUCCUCUUUGCACUCUGCUUCUCCUGCCUGCUGAGCCAGGCGUGGCGCGUGCGGAGGCUGGUGCGCCACGGCAAGAGCCCAUCGGGCUGGCAGCUGGUGGGCGUGGCGCUGUGCCUGAUGCUGGUGCAGGUCAUCAUCGCCAUUGAGUGGCUGGUGCUGACUGUGCUGCGCGACGCGAAGCCGGCCUGCGCCUACGAGCCCAUGGACUUCGUGAUGGCCCUCAUCUACGACAUGGUACUGCUGGUGGCCACCCUGGGACUGGCCCUCUUCACGCUGUGUGGCAAGUUCAAGAAGUGGAAGCAGAACGGGGCGUGCAUCCUGGUCACGGCCUUCCUCUCCGUGCUCAUCUGGGUGGCCUGGAUGACCAUGUACCUCUUUGGCAACGCCGAGCUGCGGCAGGCAGACGCCUGGGGCGACCCCACCCUGGCCAUCACGCUGGUGGCCAGCGGCUGGGUCUUCGUCAUCUUCCAUGCCAUCCCGGAGAUCCACUGUGCCAUCCUGCCGGCCCCGCAGGAGAACACGCCCAACUACUUUGACACAUCGCAGCCGAGGAUGCGGGAGACUGCCUUCGAGGAGGACGUGCAGCUGCCGCGGACCUACAUGGAGAACAAGGCCUUCUCGAUGGAUGAACACAACGCGGCUCUCCGCACAGCAGGAUUUCGCAAUGGCAGCUUGGGAAGCAGACCCAGCGCGCCCUUUAGAAGCAACGUGUACCAGCCGACCGAGAUGGCCGUUGUGCUCAACGGCGGGACCAUCCCAACGGCUCCGCCAAGUUACACUGGAAGACACCUCUGGUGAAAGACUUUAAGUUCCAGAGAGUGCGACUCUCUCUUCCAGAUUGUGUUCCCUGGCUGGGUCUGUCUUGAGGGAGAAGUCAGUAGCCGCAGCCGCACGAGGCCGCCUCACAGCCAGGAGACUUGGAAAUCCUAGACCAGGGGAUUUCGUGUAAAUGUGAACACUGCUGAACCGAAAGGCUAACACCGACUGCCCUCCCCUCCCCCGCCACACACACACACACGUGCACACGUAAUGCCAAACCAACCUCAACCCCGCAAACUAAAGCAAAGCUAAUUGCAAAUAGUAUUAGGCUCACUGGGAAAUGUGGCUGGAAGACUGUUUCAUCCUCUGGGGGUAGAACAGAACCAAAUUCACGGCUGGUGGGCAAGGUGUUGGUUGAUGGGGAGGUCCCCGCACCACCCCCCCACCCCAGCAAGGGCUGGACCCCGGGUGGCCUCUUGGAGAUAACCGUGUCUUUGAGGAGGACUGAUGGGGACUCUUCAGCCGGCCUGCCUGUUGGUUCGCACAUUUCAGGGGGGUCUGGAGCAGUUCAGGAGGUUGUGGGUGUGAUUCUGAGGCGAGGGCCCCUGGCAUGUGCCAAAGAAGAGAAGGCUCUCUGGGGGUUAAGUGACCAUCCCACUGGAAAGUGCUGUGGCGGCUCCGGCAGGAAGGGAGCCUGCCUCCCUCCCUGGGCGAGCCACAGCGCUGGUCCUCCCUCCCUCACCCGGCCCUCCUGCCCUGACCGGCGCUCCUCCAGCCCUUUCCCAGUUGUAUUCCCAUGUUCAUUUCAGAAGCUCGAAUGGGGCCACCAGCUUAAAGCCCCCAGGAUGGCGGGCCGGAAGGCAGGCGCCACAGCAGACUUUUCCCGAUGGUGUCACGUGGCAGGGCGUCCCGGGGGUGCCCCCGCGAUGGAGAGCUGACACUGAUGCCUGGCAUGCAGUGGGUUCUUGGGUCUCUUACAUCGAUGUAGUGAGAGUUCCAGGGUGGGGAAAGAGCCCGCCAGGGUUUCUUGCUGCUUUUAGAGGGUGUGGGGCACAUUUUUGUCUUGGUUUUCCGCAAGUUCCAUGAAAAUGGUUCUCUUCAAAGCCCAUCGUUUUGUCAUGGUUUCCAUCUGUCCUAAGCAAGUCAUUCCUUUCUUAUUUGGCAUUUCGAGCAUCUCUGCCAUGAAAAGCCCGUGUUCUCUGCACUGUUUGGCCAGCAUAAUUGCUAGCAAUGAUUCGAGGCAAAGAGUUUUAACCUGACGGCAUGGAAUGUAUAAAUGAGGGUGGGUCCUUCUGCAUAUAUUCUAAUCAUUAUAUUGCUUCUUUCUAUAAAACAACCCAUAAGCCUUUAACCUUUAAAGAAAAUGAAAAAGGUUAGUGUUUGGGGGGGAAACUGACCUCUUCAUAAGCCAAUAUGUGUGAGCUGAGUAUGUUUUAAUAAACCUUCUGAUUUUUCUCAA